AUGAAGUUGAUCAGACCCCUUCUUUUCCAUUUACUCCUGUACUGUGCAAUCCAGACAUUAGGUGUCAAGAUCCAGUCUGUCCCAGGAGUCAACAAUGAGGGUGUUAUACAGACAGAGCUGGAGAAGACUGUGUCUCUGGUUUGUCAGUCUGACAGCGGCCAUGAGACUCAGGCUGAUGAAGAGUUGGUAUGGAUGAGGAAUGGCAAGGUCGUCAGUCUGACAGAAGAAAAUAAAAAGGGUCGCAGCAGCGUGUGUGUUACACCCAUCAUCAGUGAAGAUGAUGGUGCCACUUUCACCUGCCACCUGAGCAAAAAUGACACAGUUACUGCCUCAGUCACCCUGAAUGUCACAUAUCCCCCACAGCUCUCUGGGUCAGAGGAGGUUGCAGUAGAAGAAGGGGCAGUGCUAGUCCUGCAGUGUGAUAUCUGGGCCAAUCCACCUGUGUUUUCCGUGUCUUGGACACUAAAUGGGAGCACAGUGGAUCUAUUAGCAGGUGGCUUCUCGGUGACCAAUGACGGCUUUACAAGCCGGAUAACCGCCAACAGAGUGGAGAAAAGCUUGCAUGAAGGCACAUUUCAGUGCACAGCAAAGUCUCCCAUAUAUGAAGAAUACAGCAAGAAAUUCAUUGUUGCAGUAACAGAAAAGACCUUGAAGGUACCACUAAUGCCCAUGAUAGCAGGCCUAGUGGUGGUGUGCCUUACUGCACUUCUUGCCAUUGCUUCACGGUGGAACAAAAUUACAAAGUGCUGCAAGUAGGUUAUGCUCACAAUAACCGAUCUUCUCUACUUCAACAAAUGAGAGAAGCCAUGAAAACAUCAUGACUUUUUUUGUGAUUGAUGACUGUGAUUACCCUUUUAUCCAUAUUUGACAUUCAAAUAUGUGCUUAUUUGCUUUCAUGCUGAGAGUUUGACGACCAAUACAACUCUUCUAUCGGUCUGUUAAAUAUUGGGUAACAUACUGUACAUUCAGCAGAUGGUUAGCUUACCGGCUGCUGGCAGUAGCUUCAUUUUUAUCGUACCAACAUUAGGUUCUUCUCUCUGCAAUUAAGCAAAUAAGCAUUUUUCCCAAAAUGUCCUAUAAAAUCAAACAACAAAAUGUAGCAUGCUAUCCACUGUAUCAUCUGUUGAUUAUGGCAGAGCGAUCUAUGAAGUUUGCAAUAUAACCUUAAGAUCAUCCUUAAAUUUGUUACUUUGUAACAAUGUUGUGUGAUGCACCACA